UCCUACAUCCGCCACUGGACACUUCUGUACCUGUAAUACCUGUUCCUGAUUAGUGCACCAGUUAAGAGCAGGCAUGAUCUGCUGCAGCCCAACACUGGAUUUAUGCAAAACGGAGAGCGGUCCUAAGGAUGUGGAGUUUCCAGCGGACCUGAGAUUUGGUGCAAUGCGAACCGCUGCAUGUGCUGUCAGAUCGAAAGGCGGGGACCUCCCACUCCUAUUGCUAUAACAACCACAGGGCGGUCGGUGUGCGUGUCUCGAUGGCACCGCAGCUCCACUGCUGAGUGUCAUCCUCCAGCUGCAGCUGCCCGACCUCACCUCACGGCUCGGCUCGGCACGGACCCGGUUCCCGUUGUUCCUGUGAAUGUGAACAGCGUGGAGGCUCAGGCUCGGGAACCGCUACGUCAGGCAGAUUAGUCAAAUAACCUCGGGGGGUAGGACAUACCUUCCUCCCCCCUCAUGGGCUCGCCUUGCUGCACGCAUGGACUCACACACUGUCACAUAGCCAGGAAGCUGGGCGCAAACAACUACAGUACUUUUCUUUUUCGUGCCUCUCUCUCUGUGGUUGACUGUGGUGAUCCUCCAGCGGCGUCUCCUCCCCUCCUCCCCUCCUCCUGGUCCCCCGGUGCGUAAUCAUGGCGAAAGAAAACGGCGAGUCCAGCCACGGGUCUUGGAAAAAGCAUGUAGAUGACAUCAAGAAGAUCUUCGACUUCAAGGAAGUCCUCGGAACCGGUGCGUUUUCUGAAGUGGUGAUGGCUCAGGAGAAGGUCACAGGAAAGAUGGUUGCUAUCAAGUGCAUUCCAAAGAAAGCCCUGAAGGGGAAGGAGACGAGCAUCGAGAACGAAAUCGCCGUUCUCAGGAAGAUAAAGCAUGAGAAUAUAGUGGCUCUGGAGGACAUCUACGAGAGCUCCAAUCACCUGUACCUGAUAAUGCAGCUUGUGUCUGGAGGGGAGCUGUUCGACCGGAUUGUAGAGAAGGGUUUCUACACAGAGAUGGACGCCAGUCGGCUCAUUCGGCAGGUUUUGGAUGCAGUCAACUAUCUGCAUUCCAUGGCUAUAGUGCACAGAGACCUGAAGCCUGAGAACCUGCUUUACUUCAGCCCCGAUGACGACUCAAAGAUCAUGAUUAGUGACUUUGGCCUGUCCAAGAUGGAGGGCACGGGUGGAGUGAUGGCCACGGCCUGUGGGACUCCUGGAUACGUGGCUCCUGAAGUUUUAGCACAGAAGCCCUACAGCAAAGCUGUGGACUGCUGGUCCAUCGGCGUCAUCGCUUAUAUUCUGCUUUGUGGAUACCCUCCUUUCUACGACGAGAAUGACUCCAAGUUGUUUGAGCAGAUUCUCAAAGUCGACUAUGAGUUUGACGCUCCUUAUUGGGAUGACAUAUCAGACUCUGCCAAAGACUUCAUCAGCUCUUUGAUGGAGAAGGACCCAGAGAAGAGAUUCACGUGUGACCAGGCUCUGGAGCACCCCUGGAUUGCUGGAGACACGGCCCUCUGCAAGAAUAUCCACGAGUCAGUCAGCCGACAGAUGCGGAAAAACUUUGCCAAAAGCAAAUGGAGGCAAGCGUUUAACGCCACGGCUGUGAUCCGACACAUGAGGCGUCUGCAGCUGGGCUCCAGCUUUGGAAGCAGCAUCCAGAGCACCAACUCGGUGCCGAACCCUCAGAGCCGAGCUCCAGCCAAGAGCCAGUCCGUGGACUGUGCCCCGCUCUCUCUGAAGAACUGUCCUCCCAUAGCUCCUCUUCCCUCUGCCGUUAAACCGUGUAACCAGGACUCUGACGGUCCUGUUCCACAAGACGACCCUCCGGUGGUGCCCGAGCUCACCCGGCCCCGCCCCUCCACUGUCACAGUCAUCCACACUGGGACUAAAUGACGCCAGGUUCCGCGGGAGGUCAGCUGGGAGACCACGGAGCUUUAAGACCAGGGGGUUAAAAUUAAACACCCCAGGCCUCGUCUUUCAACGUGGUUACUCAGUUUGCCCGUCCCGCAGCCUCCCGUCAGUUUCUGCACAAUCUGCGAGGACUUUAGGAGCACUGGCUCGGUUCUAUUUAUUCUGGCUCAGAGCGGCGCCCACUGCUUCGUCCCUCUCUGACCUGCACAGGAAGGGAAACUCCACCUGACGUGGUUAUUGUGGAAAUGAUGGUUAUCUGAGACUCCUGCCCUAGACUAAAAGGGAACUGAAGCUCGUGUGAGUGUUGAUGGGACGUCCUGCUGUAUGCCUUGUGUAAAUAUCCUGCCUGGAUCUGCUGCGUGGAGUCAAGUGAAACAUAAGCUUCCUGCUGUGGUGAAAACUCGUGCUAUCUUCUACACUCUGGACGUGUCGUUGUUUGGACAGCUCGUGUCAAUCUGCUGUGGUUUCUGCCGCACACCGUCAUAACUUCCAACAGGAUGUGUUGUGUCUUUGCUGUUUAGUGUGUGAACGUUACAGUGGGACCAUGUGCCACGGCUGUCACCGCCCGGCCAGUGCAUUCUACUCAUCUACUGAAAUAUUUAUUUUCUUAUACUAUAUUAUGACUUUUGUAAGAAAUGUGUAAAUGUUUAAUGAGACUCGACUAAAAACUAUUGUACGGUCAGAUAUAUAAAUAUGUAAUAGUUGGUUUUUUGGCUGUUUUAUUUAGCGUUUUCUUUUUCAUGUGACUGUGGAGUCCUCUUUGACCACAGGAGGGCGCCACAGGUUGUUGCUUUAUGACCAGUUCUCAGGGAUCUGAACAGGAAGUGAACCAAACACCCGCUUCGUCCAACCGCCACAAGGAGAGAUGCUUACUUUAAAGUCGCCACAUCCAAUUUUUCAAAACCUUGAAUCCCACCCGGAAAAAAGAGAAAGUUAAAUGACUAAUGAAUGCUAAGGGAUCCUGGUUAAAAAUACUCUGCUUCAGUGGGAUUGUUGGUGUACAGCUGCUUCCACUCUUGACGUGUCUGCUCUGAGAUCAGCUCAGGCACUCUGUCAUCACUGUGCUUUCAUAUCAGCCUGUUGAAUUUAGCAGGAAGACUGUCCAUAUCUGCGUUCACACAGAGAAGAGAUCUGUCUGUAUUUCCUCUGUGGUUCUUCUACUUAACUUCAAGCUCAACAUGAAUGUGGAAAAAAACAAGAUACUGUUCCUGCGGUGCAUGGCCAGAACCAGGGGCUUUGCCAUCAUGAAUUAUUUAAGAAUGUGGUGCAUCUACUUACUGUAAAUACAAGCCUCUACCACA